AUGGGGCUGGAAGUAGUACAAACACCUAAAACAGUGGAAGCAAAGAUUGCCACCUUAGUGAUGGAACCAGAUUUGAGAACUCAAAUUAUAAACGCACAAAGACAAGAUGACAUCAUGGAAAAAUUUCGAGCAAAAGUACGAUCUGGUGAGGAAAAAAGUUUUAAGGUAGAAGCAUACAAUGCUCUCACCUUCGAAGGAAGAAUCUGUGUGCCAAAUAAUGACGAACUCAGAAAUAAGAUUUUGAGUGAAGCUCACGACACCCCGUAUACUGCCCAUCCAGGGAGCACCAAGAUGUAUCAAGAUAUGAAAAAGAAAUUUUGGCGGAAUUGUAUGAAAAGAAGCGUUACCAUGUUCGUGGAAAGAUGCCUAGCAUGCCAGCAAGUUAAGGUACUCCACCAACAACCUUAUGGGAAAUUGCAACCUUUAGAAAUUCCUGAGUGGAAAUGGGAUCAUAUAUGA